AUGGCAGAACUCACCUUUCAACACACGCCCAUGGACGACAUCGCGCCAACAUGCGCAAAGGUACGAGCUACGUUUCUUUCCCAUAAGACUAGGCCAUUGGAAUUCCGCAUUCAGCAAUUGCGUAAGCUCUACUGGGGGUUCAAAGACAAUGCAGAGCUUAUCAAGGACGCGUGCAAGCGCGACUUGGGUAAGUCGGAGUAUGAGACGUAUCUGACGGAGACGUCUUGGUGCAUGAACGACUGCAUCUGGAUGGCAAACAACGUCCACAGGUUCGCCAAGGACGAGAAGGCGACAGAUAUCCCAUGGACCAACAUGCCCCUACGCCCGCAUAUCAAGAAAGACCCAUUGGGUACCGCGCUCAUUAUUGGUGCAUACAACUUUCCCGUCCAACUCACUCUCGGACCUCUCAUCGGUGCCAUCGCAGCAGGAUGCACUGCCGUUGUCAAGCCCUCGGAAUCCGCGCCCCAUGCCGCCGCCGUCAUCGAGAAGAUUGUGCGCGAAUCGCUCGACCCGGACUGCUACGCAUGCAUCCAGGGUGCCGUACCUGAGACGACCGCUCUUCUCGAUCAGAAGUGGGACAAGAUCUUCUAUACAGGCGGCGAGAUGGUUGCCAAGAUUAUUGCGAAGAAGGCAGCCGAGACGCUCACGCCCCUUACAUUGGAGUUGGGUGGAAAGAACCCCGCCAUUGUCACAAAGCAUGCGGAUCCGAAGCUCGCGGCAAGGAGGCUGUUGUGGGCCAAGACACUCAAUGCAGGCCAGGUCUGCCUCAGCCACAAUUGCACUUUUGUAGACCGCGAGAUCCUGCCGGCCUUCAUUGAUGAGAUGAAGAAGCAGCUCCAGGAAUUCUACCCGCAGGGUGCGCGCAACUCACCCGACUACGGUCGCAUUGUAAACCAGCGCCAGUUCCAGCGCAUAAAGAAGAUGUUGGAUGACAGCAACGGCAAGAUUGUCAUUGGCGGCACAAUGGACGAAGCCGACCUCUUCAUCGAACCCACCGUUGUGCAAAUUAGUGACGUCAAUGACAGCAUGGUCACUUCCGAAUCUUUCGGUCCUCUCCUACCCAUUUUACCCGUUGCCAACCUCGAUGAAGCCAUCAAGAUCGCCAACGAGAUCCACGACACACCCCUCGGAACCUAUGCCUUUGGUACCAAAGCCGAGAUGAACAAGAUCAUAGCCGAAACGCGUAGUGGUGGUGCCUCGCUCAAUGAUGGCUUCUUCCAUGGUUCUAUCCCCACUUUGCCUUUUGGCGGUGUAGGGACAAGUGGACAGGGAGCUUAUCGCGGUAAAGCCAGUUUUGACACUUUUACACAUCGCAGGAGUGUCACCACGACCCCUGCAUGGAUCGAGGGCCUCAUGGCUGUCAGAUAUCCCCCUUACACGGCCAAGAAGCAAAAGGAGUAUACAAAGAUGAACGACAUCAAGCCCAACUUUGACCGCCAGGGCCGCACGAUUGGGUGGGGGGCAUGGUUUAUUGGUUUGCUCGGUGUAAAGAGUUUGGCGGCUGUUGUUGCGGCAGUUGCGAUAAGGGUCUACCUGCAGCGAAAGGCAAAGUUGUAG